AUGGCAUCAAAAACAUGGCUGAUCACCGGCGCCUCCUCUGGUCUCGGAGCCGCAAUUGCCGAAGCAGCACUCCAAGCCGGCCACAAAGUAAUCGCAACCGCACGAAAUCCAACAAAGGCCGCCGCAGAGAACCCGCAAAUCUCAAAGCUCGGCGGAACCUGGGUUGAGCUAGACGUGACUCACCUGGAGACAAGCAAGAAGGUCGAAGAAGCAAUCAACCAAGCCGGUGGUGUUAUCGAUGUGGUUAUCAAUAAUGCCGGAUACUCGCUGCUCGGCAGUAUUGAGGAUAUGAGUGAGGAAGAGAUUCAAACACAGUUCAGCACGAAUGUGUUUGGUGCAGUGAGAGUGCUCAAGGGUGCUUUGCCGUUUAUGAGGGCAAAGAAGUCGGGGACAAUCCUCAAUAUUAGCAGUUCUGCGGGUUUGGAUGGGUUGCCUACAUGUGCGAUGUAUGCGGGAUCAAAGUUUGCUUUGGAAGGCAUGUCCGAAAGUCUGUCGAGAGAGCUGUCUCCCUUCAAUAUCCGCGUACUCCUGAUCGAGCCCGGUGAAUUCCGCACAAAGUUCUUAUCAGCGUACGUCGAGCCGGCUGCUGGCAUGAAUAAACAGUAUGCGAGAACGCCUCUCGAAACAUAUCUAGAGGUAUUCAAGUCGAAGGAUGGCAAACAACAAGGCGAUCCUGCCAAAGCGGCACAAAGGAUUUUCGAGGUCAUCAGGAAUACCGGCAUGGCCGCCGGAAAGGAAAAUUUCCUGCGAGUGCCGCUUGGUAAAGACUGCUAUGAGCGUUUUCGGGUCAAAUGUGAGACUAUGCAGGAGAAUUUGUUGCAGAUGAAGGAUAUUGCACACUCGACGGGCUACUGA